AUGUUUCCUAGGACCCAGCAACUCAGCCUCCUCGCGGCUUUGAUCGCCGUGGGUGACCUGGCCGCCGCCGUUCCCGUCGAUUCACCCGCUUCUCUCGAAGUCAGAGACAUGCCCCGGCCGCGCUUCGGCAAUGUUCCGUAUGGUGUCGACAUCACCACCUGCACCGUCAAGGGCAAGGUUGCGCUCUCUUUCGAUGACGGGCCUGGCGAGUAUACCGCGAAAGUCCUCGACACCCUCGAAAAGAACGGCAACAUCAAGGCGACAUUCUUCCUCGUUGGCUCCAGCCCGAACGGCCAAACCGGCAUCUCCAAUGCUUCGUACGCGUCCGUGCUGAAGCGCAUGUUCAAUGCCGGCCACCAGCUCGGCAGUCACUCAUGGAGCCAUCAGAACUUUGACGCCAUCUCCCAGCAGCAGAUGAGAGAAGAAGUUUUAAAGAAUGAGGACAUAUUCUCCAAGACUUUCGGUGUCAUCCCUACGUACUGGAGGCCUCCAUACACCCAUUGCAGCGCGCCUUGCAUAUCUAUUCUGAAUGAAUACGCUUACCACAUUACGGAUUUCAACAUCGAUACUAGGGACUGGCAAGAUGGUGGUGUCAACGCAAAACAGAUCUACUCCGGUAUCAUCAAAGCCAGCAAUCCCACCAACGACAAGUGGAUUUCUCUUGCCCACGACAUCCAUCCUUUCACGGCCGAUGGUUUUGUUCAGUACAUGAUAGACGUCGCGAAGGAAAAGGGAUACCAGUUUACCACUAUCGGCGAUUGCCUUGGCGACCCCUCGUCGAAUUGGUAUCGUGAUCCCAAGACCGGAGGACCUUGGGGCGGACUCGGCGGUGAUUCCAAGUCCAGCACGACUGUCAAGUCAGAAACUUCCACCAAGGUCGAGGCGACCUCCAAGUCACAAGCUCCAACUACAACCUCUUCAUCAACAACGGUGGAAGUAAAGGCAACAACUUCCAGCGCAAAGACUAGCACCACUGUGACUUCUUCUGUAGACAGUCGUGGGACUCAGACCGCGUCCACUACGAGUACCACCACUACAAGACAUCCGGUAACAUCUGCCGCUGCUGAAAGCGCCAAUAUGAGCUUGGAACCAGUUCGCUCGACGACGGCGACGACGACGACGACUUCGGCCUCGACUACCUCUACAACCUCUGCCAAGCCUAAUGCUGCUGACAGAGCCGUAUUUUCUGUGCCCAGUGUCAUCGCAGGUCUCAUAGCUUGGUCUGCAAUGAUGCUAGUGUGA